CUCGGGUUGAAUUUCCCUUUUAGACCGUUGGCUUAAGAGCUGCACAGACUGCUGUAUUAUUGUCUUGUGUUUGUGAGGAAUAAACUGUCAUUUCCUAAGAUCUGUUUCAACAGAUAUACCGUCAUGAGAGGAUUUUACACUCUUUGUCUUGUGGUUACUCUGUUUUACCUUGUAUCGGCUUGUGAAAUCCAAACGCAUUAUUCGAAGGAUGGCAAAUGCUGCAAGAUGUGUGGACCAGGUAAGAGGAUGUUAAAAGAUGAUCGUUGUGAGGACCCAAUCUGUCAGUUCUGUGAGGAUGGAGAGUAUCAGGGCGGAUACACAAGUGAGACCAGAUGCAAGCUCCAGCCCAUCUGUGACACCAAUUUAAAUUUUCGGCCACAAACAAAACCCAUUCCCAAGGACAGACUCAGUGAAUGCCAAUGCAAACCUGGACACUACUGUACAGAAGACGACGACUGCAGCACUUGUAGGAAACACAAAGUCUGCAAAGCGGGAGAGAAAGUCUUCAAAAAUGGUACAUCAGUUAGUAAUACUGAAUGUGAACCUUGUAAAAGUGGAACAUUUAGCAUCAGUGAUUCAUCCGACAUCUGCAAGGAAUGGACAACAUGUGAAUAUGGGUAUCUCGAAAAAACUCCAGGGAGUGUAAACUCAGACAGGAUCUGUGAGAAGGAUACACCCUCUAACAGAGGUGCCAUUUUGGGCGGAGUUGGAGGCCUUCUGUUGCUUCUUCUUUCUGGCCUUGCCAUUGUGAUUUUCUUUAAAAAACGGCCACUUGUAUUAAAAAAGAUGUCGCAAGAGGCCAGAAAAGUAGAAAAGUUAAAUCCAAACGGAGAGAAGGAGCCCAUUAUAGAUCAAAAAUUCCCUCAACAGCCAGAGGAAGAUGAGGAUGAAGACACUGGCCCUGUUAGUCCCACAAGUAACAUUACAGAAAAUGGAAAUUUUGUGACACAAGAGGAAGGCAAACACUCGAUCUGUCCGAGUACUGAAACACAACGAUUUUCAGAGAGCACGAACUUCUAAAAUCCGCUCCUAGCAUGUUACAAUCAUCAAUGUAAAGAGCAUUACAUAUAAACCAAUGCUUUACUCUAAACGUCCUCAAAGCGUAGUACAAACCUUAAUGUCACAAUAUGCACUUAUGUUGUCAUCGCUUCGUUUUGAAUUAUUAAGGUUAAAGCUGUGUUUCUGUAGCUUAACUGGGCAUGUCUCCUAAUACACCACGGUUGCGAGUUCAAAACCAAGAACAACACGUAGAAUGUAUAUCUCAAAUGCCCUGCAAGUUGUUUUGUAUAAAUGUGCAUAAAUGUAAGAUGUGAGUGACACUAGUUGAAUCACGUUGAAAUAGAGAUGGACUGAGGUUAAAGCCAUUGAAACUAAUAUAUACAAAAACAAAGAAGAAAUUCUACAUGAGCAUUUAUGAAUGUGACUCUAAGGGUCCGCACACAUGACAGUGACAACAUCAGUUUUCAGCCAGACGGUGAUGACAACAACAUCAAUGUAAUGAAACAAAAACUACACAAAAAAAUUACACGUGAAUCCCCAAGCUAUUGUUUUUACGCAGUACACAGUAUUUUGUAGUUAGGAUGGCACACUUAAAUUACGAAGUGCAGAAGUUUGAAAGGUUGUUUUGUGUUUGUUUACUUAUUUUUUUUCUUUGUCAUCAUUUGUUUGUUGUAAGAUAGAUAUCUAAUUUGUUCUCUGCUGUUAUAACUGUUCAAUAUAAACUAUUUAAAUAUUUUGUGCGUGUACUUUUAUUAUUGUGAUUUACUUGUUAAAAGACCACACUUGUAUUGUUUUUCGGUCAGAAUUCGCAAUAAAGAUUAUUUCUUAAUAAAUAUA